CAAUGCCUGCGUAGGCGAGGGUCCUUGUCCAACUCAGAGCUACCUGAUUCGUACGUAGACGCCGAGAACUCUUGCAUCAGAGGCAAGCAGAUGUUCAAAAACUUGGUUCAAGGAAAGGUGGUUCUUGCAUGGUUGGUGGAGAUACGUCCAUAUAAGUGACAUUCAAUUCCACCUUCUAUUUAAUACAUUUUUUCUGCAUCCAGUCUGCUUGUAGCAACCGACUGUGCGCCGUUUUUAGGGUUCCAUUUCUUCUCUACGACCUUUUUAAGAGCAUAUCAACAUGAAGGCCACGAAGCUGUCUACUUUGGCAUUGAUGCCAAGUGCCAUCGCGGCCCAGAAUCUGACCCAACUGCUGGCCAAUACCACUGAGCUUUCGAGCCUUAACGCCUUGUUGUCUAGUUACCCUGCGAUUGCGAGCUCGUUGGCUAAUGUUUCCAAUGUGACUAUUCUCGCGCCAUCGAAUGCUGCUUUGGAAACUUUUACCAACAGCAGUUCAUUCCAUGCUUUGACGUCAAGCGGCAAUCAAUCCAUUGCCGAUCUCCUCAGCUACCACAUCCUCCACGGUGAAUACUACGCGGACAAUAUCACCGAUACACCUGCCUUUAUAUCAACCUACCUGAAUGAUACCGCUUUCACCAAUGUCACCAGCGGUCAGGUUGUCGAGGCAAUCAAGCAGGAUAACAAGACUUACUUUUACUCUGGCUUACUCGCAAACUCCACGGUGACGCGAACUGAUCUCAAUUUCACUGGCGGUGUGCUUCAUAUCAUCGACAAAGUCCUCACCGUUCCAUUGAACGUUUCUUCCUCUGCAGCGGCGGCCGGCCUCACUGCUGUAGUCGGAGCCCUGCAAGCGCAGCAUUUGACUCAACCGUUGGAUGAUGCGAAGAACGUUACUAUCUUCGCCCCCUCAAACUCUGCUUUCCAGGCCAUCGGUUCUGCUCUCGGCAAUUUUACAACCAAUCAGCUCACCGAUAUUCUCAAUUACCAUGUCAUCAACGGAACAGUUGCGUAUUCUACUGGUCUUAAGAAUGACACCCAAUACGUUGCUGCAGGCGGUCAGAACCUGACUGUCCGCAUUGAAAAUGGUUCAAUAUUCGUCGACUCCGCUCGAGUGAUUACACCGAACUUGCUCGUUGCUAACGGUGUCGUACACGUCAUUGAUAAGUAUGUCCUCCUUUCGAAAUAAACCAUGUAAACAUUCACUAACACUGUAAAGUGUCCUCAACCCUAACAACACUUCUGCCGCCCCCAACGCAACCGCAACUUCCCAACCCCCAGCAUUCUCUGGGGCUUCUUCUGCAAGUAAUAUUCCAUUCACCAGCGGAGUGACUGCAACCCCGACCGCAACAGGUACAGGGGCGGGAGCUGGAGCUAAAGUAACUGGUACCUCAACUAGCACCGCUGCCGCAAUGCCAAUGCGCACUGGUGGAAUUGGUGCCGCUAUGGUCUUUGGUGCUGGCGCAGCAUUGCUGAACGCUGAUGUCUUCUAAUAGCCUGAAAUGGCAACGUCAACGUAGUGCUGGGGCUAUUGGAGCCAACUUUCCAGUCACGGUAAUGCACACCAGCCACAGAUAAAGAGUGGCUGUUUAAUGUUCUAGGAUUCGUUGCUUUGGACCUAGUUUUCCUGUUACGUAUGAUGCUUUGAUGAUCUUUACGAUGCUGAAUAAUCAUGUGAACCUGAUUUGCGAUAGUUGAUUGAGUACAUACUAUCAAAUUUUAUACUGGACUUUUCCUUCCCUGUUGCAGUAGUCAUU